AUGGAGACACUUUGGUAUUUGUUUCUUAUCCAUGUGAUACAAAUCUGGUCUAGAAGACAGAAUAUUGAUGAAAAUGUUGCUAAACUAUUAGUAAGAAGAAGGAGAUUUUGUGUCCCCUGUGUAUUACUUCCAUGGGUUGGUUUGCACGGCCUUUCAGACAGAGAGAUCUUACAAAGAUUCCGGCUUGAUCGUAAAUCCAUAUUACACUUGUAUCGAGAGACAGAUUAUUUGGAGACGAUGAUGGCGUGUUCACGGGCUAUUCCAGGACUAUUGAAACUAUUAGCUGAACUGCAUUUUAUGGCAACAAGCUCCUUUCAGGCGGUUUCGAGCGUCAUUAUUGGAAUAAGUCAAUCAGCAUUUUCACGUCACUUAACAAAAGUCAUCGAGGCUAUGAUGAUUAUUUUUCCAUGCUAUGUUUGCUUGCCAUCUACCCAAGAAGAAUGGCAACCUAUAAAAUCUAAUUUCUAUAAGAUGGCUGGCAUGCCCAAAGUCCUCUGGGCCAUCAACUGUACCCAUGUUGCAGUAAGACCACUUCUUGCACAUGAGGAGAUUUAUCGGAAUAGAAAGCAUUUCCAUUCAUUGAAUGUUCAGAUGGUCUAUGAACCCAAUAUGAAGAUAAUCAGUGUCCGUUCAAACUACCCAGAUGUACCAGAUGUAUAUACCACUGUAUUAAGAGCCAAUAAAAAAAGUAAGAAGCUUUUACGUCAAGGCGAUAUAGCUUACAAGAUCGGACGUAAUGCUCUGAACUGCACAGAAUGCAGAUGGCCCAAAUCCAAUAGCGGCAUUGUGAAUGUGCCAUACGUUUUAUCACCUGAUUACGAUGCCAAUGAGGUAUCUAUAAUCACUGCAGCUAUGGAAGAAUUUAAGACCUUGACAUGUGUGAAGUUUAUUCCUCAAACUGUAGAAACAGACUACUUGAAUAUUAAGCAAGAUGAUGGUUGCUGGUCCAUCAUUGGAAUGACUCAUGGAGCUCAGACCGUAUCUCUGAUGAAGGGUGAAUGCAUUAGUCAUAAAACAGUCCAGCACGAGUUGAACCACGCUUUGGGCUUUGUUCACGAGCACUGCAGAAGUGAUAGAGAUGACUAUGUCACAAUCAUGACACAAUAUAUAUCACCAGGAGACAUAAGUAACUUUGAUAAGCAGGGCACAAAUAACCUUGGUGUUCAAUAUGACUAUUCAUCACUAAUGCAUUAUCCACGCUACGCAUUUAGUAACACAUCAGGGCAAGAUACUAUAGUACCAAAACCUGACCCAAAUGUUCCUAUUGGCCAGUCUUAUGGAUUAAGCAAUUUGGAUGUUCUUAAAAUUAACCGUCUGUAUGAGUGCGAUAUCUGUAGCAGUUUGAUUUCUUCCCCCACUGGAACAGUGACUUCAGCAAACUAUCCCUCUGCAUAUCUAAAUAAUACUAAUUGCUUAUGGCUUAUCCGCAUCCCAGCUAAUAAGGUUUUCCUGACAUUUGAAGCAUUUGAUAUCCAGCCCUCCACAAACUGCAUGUCAGACUAUGUUAAAGUAUAUGAUGGAGCCAGCAAAGCAUCCCCAGUUCUCCUUGAUAAAACCUGUGGUUCCGGAAUGUUGACCUCAAUUGUAGCAUCCAGUAAUUCAAUGCUUCUGGAAUUUGUUAGUGAUGGAGCCGUUACCGCAACUGGAUUUAAAGCUUCAUACACUAGAGUUUACUGUGGUGCCACAAUUAAUUCCGCACCUGGGGUUAUAACAUCACCGGGAUACCCCAAUCUAUAUCCACCUUCUGUUGACUGUUUCUGGAUUAUAACUGCUCCCCCACAGAAAACGGUUUUAAUAUAUUUUAAUGCCUUUAACCUGGAGACAAAUACUUACUGUAGAUACGACUAUGUCCGUAUCUAUGAUGGAAAAACAACGUCCUCUCCACUUCUUGGAACAUUCUGUAACAAGAGAUCAUUCAACAUUGCAUCAUCUGGUACCUCUAUGCUAAUAAAGUUCCACAGUGACAAUACAAAUCAGUAUACUGGAUUUCAGGCUUCAUAUACUUUUUUUUAGGUACAAGAUCAUGAAAAGAAACGGAAGAAGAUUUAUUGACAUGCGCCUUAUGGAUGACAACAUAACGUCAACAAAAAUGCAAGAAACAAG